AAUACUAACAUUUCGGAAAUCGGAGAUUCGUUAAUAAAUUUGUAACUUACCUACAAAAAGCCAAACCUUUUUCUCACGAUGGCUCUUCGCAUGGUGUGCUGCAAAGCAUUCAAUAUAAAACCAUUAGUAUCGUUCAGUAAUCCGCAGCAGUUUACGAAACAGCUACCGAUUACCGCAGCUACCGCCAUUCGAUGGUCCUCGUUUCGUUCAUCGGAACCAGUCGGUGAUUUAGCUCAGUUCCCAGAAGUUGAAGUUGUACGGAAUCCUCCGGAGUGGAAAUUCGUCGAGAGGCUACUGGCCCCGCGUACUGUUCCAAAACCUGUACCUAAAGAAAACUAUCCAUCUGGGUGGAAGCCAGCAAAUCCGAAGCCCGGUUUGAAGUACGUUGUGCUACGAACAAAAAAUCACAUGCUGCCGGUGUACUUGCGGCGUUCCUAUCGCGGACAGCGUCGGAUAACAGCAGUGCGGCACGUCGAAGGAGACAUUUGGCAGUUGGAGGCGGAGUUGCGAUACCUGAUCGAGAAACAGCUUAACCGGCCAAUUAUCACGAGAGUUAAUGAAAUGUCGCGACAGUUGGAGCUGAAAGGCGACCACGUUGCGUUUGUGGAAAAGUUCUUACUUGACAAAGGAAUGUAAGAUGAGCUAGGAGACAAGUUUGUAAAAUACAGUACAUAGCUUAGA